GGUUAUACCAAAAAUGUCAAAUUUAAUAGUGGCCAUUUCAGCAUAGUAAAUAAGUUGCAAAUGACUUCAGGAGCCCUCACGCGUCUGCUGUACCAUGAUGUGUGUGCCUUUCGCGCAUUUCGAAAGCUCAUCAACACCUCGCGGGCGCUGACCUCGGCACUGUGGAUGAACAUGAAGGCAAUGGCGGAGCAGUCUCAGUAUAAGGAAAGGAAGGAGGUGGCACAGGCCAUGCGAGCGUCCGAAUCAGUGUACUGCCCAUGCACGAGAGGAUUGGAGUGUCAACCAGUGUCCUUGGUUUAUUUGGGGUAUCGCCGCUACUCCACCUACGACAAGACGACAUCAACGCAGAUAUUGUCAAAGCUCUUUCCGCAAACAUCCAUAGAGCUUACUGACGAGCAGAGUCGCGAGCGUCGCAAGCGCGAAGAGGAGGAGGAGCUGAAGGAGAUGGAACGAGCGUGGAAGCGCAUGAAAUUUGGAUUUGUGUUCUUCGGCAUAGGCGGCGUCAUAUUCUCCAUGUGGGCUGUUUAUUUCUUUGGCCAGCCAGCCAUCGAUGAAAAGGGCGAGGAGGUGAUCGAUGAGUUCAGCGCGCUGCCUUUGGCCAAACAGUAUAUGGCUCGUACCUGGAAAUCGCUGAAUCGCUUUCAGCGCUUCAUACAGGAGCCAUCGAGUCAGAAAUUGCUUCCCGAUCCGCUGACGGCGCCUUAUGUGCAGCCGCCUUAUACGCUGGUGCUCGAAAUGAAAGAUCUGCUUAUACAUCCUGACUGGACGUACGAGACUGGCUGGCGCUUUAAAAAGCGGCCAGGUGUAGACAUAUUUCUGCGCGAGUGCUCCAAAUACUUUGAGAUUGUUGUUUAUACGGCGGAGCAGGGUAUUACGGUGUUUCCGCUUUUGGACGCCCUUGAUCCAAAUGGCUACAUUAUGUAUCGUCUGGUGCGCGAUUCAACGCACUUUAUGGGCGGCCACCAUGUUAAGAACCUGGACAAGUUGAAUCGCGAUCUGAAGCGCGUGGUCGUAAUAGACUGGGACAAGAAUUCCACCAAGAUGCAUCCUGGAAACUCGUUUACGAUCCCACGCUGGCUGGGCAAUGACGACGACACGACCCUCUUCGAUCUGGUCUCGUUUCUAAGUAUUUUGGGCAGCAGCGAUGUGGAUGAUGUCCGCGAAGUACUGCAGUACUACAACCAGUUCAAGGAGCCCAUCGCACAGUUUCGCGAGAAUCAGCGCAGGCUGCUCGAACAGAUGCAGGCCGACGAGCUGGAGCAGAAGAGCAAGUCGCGGCCCAUGGUGAAGAAUUGGUCGCGCAGCUUCAUACGACAAUGAAGAGGCUUUGCUCAGUGUUAGGCGUUCUUGUAGCUUAUAAUUGGUUCAAUUUUCUCCACAAUUACCCGUUAACUCAUUUAUAAAUUGCUUGCGUUCGGUUUUUAACGUUUGAACGCUAAAUUAUAACUUGAAAUUUAUUGCAACAAA